AUGCAUCCUGAACAAGACCGUACACGCACGCGGCCGCGAGUCUCGAGAGCCUGUGAACGAUGUCGAGUCAAGAAAGCCAAGUGCGACGGCGAGAAACCUUGCAAGAGAUGCAACCUAGACAAAGCAGUCUGCUCAUACAAGGUCCGCCGAAGGACCGAAUCGGGCGGAUCUAAUCAAAGAUAUGCCGGCCUUCUCAUCCAACACCAUGCCGCUCUCACUGCGGGCCUGAUUGAGCUCUAUACGCGCAUCAUCAAAGGCCAGCCAUGGGAAGGGUCGCCCGUUGACGAGCUCAACGGCAGUCCCAGCGUGCAUUGCAUUCUUGAACGACUGGGUGUGAUCGACGCCGAAGACGAAAUCGAUCCUACACCCACUGCAGACCCCAGGCUGGGAAGCGACCUCGGCUCGUCUUCCAACGGCAUCAAAGUUGCAGCUGAUGCUGCUCGAGAGCAACACCAACAACACCAACAACCGCCACCUAGUAAAGUGCGGAAGCUAUCGAAAUCGACAACGACAUCGACAUCGACAGCAACAUCCACCUCGACAUCGACGACACGCAAAAUCUCCCAAUCUAACAGACGCAGCAACUCGUCACGAUCUCCCCGCUCGAAGACUUCGCCCGCCCUUGCUCCUGCUCCGGUUGCAUCUUCCUCUUCUUCCUCUUUGCCAACGUCAUUCCCCCAGUCUCAAGGAUUGACAUUCGACACCGAGGACCGACAACAAGCCACAAUCGGCCAAGACUAUUUCAACCACGCGGUUUCUCCGCCAUCCAGCGCCGGCACCAUCUCAUCAUGGGAAUCUCAGUCCCAUGCCCAUUCUCCCGACCUGGCCGACGACAUGUUCACGACCCCUUUGCCCACGACGCCCACGACGACCAGCGAGUCAUAUUUCCCCGACUACCAGAUCCCCACGACACAGCAGGCAGCCUAUGCGCCCUUUUCUGCGUCUACGGUCGUCGACGGAUCUGUCGGGAUCCAAGGCUACGUCGGCAGAGAAUCCAUCCCCACGCCCGUCCAGGCCGGCGCAUAUACUUCUCCCGAAACGGCGGCUGAGGCUUGUACGGCCGGAUACUUCCUCGACGCGACCGGCGGGAUGGGACUGUAUGGUUGGGACACUGGCAAUGUGGGAGGCGGAGGCGGCGGCAAUGUCGGCUUCGGGUCCCUACAACAGGAAUGCAAUGCAUGGGACUCGGGUGUUUUCGUAUGA